AUGAAUCCCCUCCGCUCCUUCCUCCUCCUCCGGCCAACUCUACCUCUCCUCCUCCUCCUCCUCCUCAUUUUCUCAUCCACAUGGAGCACUUCCUCCACCGCCGGCGACCAUAACAACUUCCUUCUCUGCCUGGGCUCUCGAAACACCACCGUCUCCCCCAAUUCGGACCUAAUCCACACCCCAAACUCCGCCUCAUACUCCUCGGUCUUCCAAUUCUCCAUUCGAAACACCAGGUUCAACGACACCGCAGCUUCCACAAGACCCACAGCCAUCAUCACUCCAAAGACAAUCUCCCAGGUACAAUCCGCCGUCGUCUGCGCCCGCACCCAUGAUGUUCAGGUCAGGGUUCGGAGCGGCGGCCACGAUUUCGAAGGCAUGUCCUACGUUUCCACCUCUCCCUCCUCAACCCAGCCAUUCCUCCUCAUCGACCUGAUCAAUCUCCGAAACGUCGCCGUAGACGUCCCCUCAAAGUCCGCGUGGGUCCAGGCUGGCGCGGUACUGGGCGAAGUCUACCAUGGCAUUGCCUCCGCCAGCGGGACCCUCGCCUUCCCGGCGGGGAUCUGUCCCACCGUCGGAGUCGGCGGCCACGUCAGCGGCGGAGGGUACGGCAUGUUGAUUAGGAAGCACGGAAUCGCCGCGGAUAACGUAUUGGACGCCCAGUUAGUCGACGCGAGAGGCAGAGUCCUGGACAGAGCCGCCAUGGGGGAGGACGUCUUCUGGGCGAUUCGCGGCGGCGGAGGGAACACCUACGGAAUCGUCGUCUCCUGGAAAAUAAACCUGGUUACCGUUCCCGCUCGAUUGACCGCGUUCACUGCCGUGAGAACGUCGGAAGAGAACGUGACGAGAGUCUUUGACCGAUUUCAGCACGUGGUGGACAAGCUCCCCGACGAUCUCUCGAUCCUGCUGACGCUGAACACGGUCAAUUACUCCACAGCAAAAGGGAAACCCACAGCCACGAUGCAAGCUGUAUUCCAGGGUCUGUAUGUGGGAGAAACAGAGACUCUGUUGGGGGUGAUGAAACAGAGCUUUCCGGGGCUAGAAUUAACGGGACAGGACUGCAGAGAGAUGAGCUGGAUCCAAUCGAUCCUCUACUUCGCCGGGUACCCAAAUAACGCAACCUACGACGAAUUGUUGGACAGCAGGAGUAGCGCCCCUGUCCAAUUCGACAAGGUGAAGGCGAAAUCGGACUACGUGGAGGCGCCGCUUCCGGUGAAGGUGCUACAGGGGAUUUGGAAGAGGCUGUACGAACUGGAAUCGGGGCCGUCGUUCCUGCAGAUUAUUCCUCACGGAGGGAUGAUGAGCCGGAUUUCGGAUUCCAGUAUUCCGUAUCCGCACAGAGCCGGGAAUGUAUACAAGAUCCAGUACUAUGCGGUCUGGUCCAGAGAAGGGAAGGAAGUGGAGAAGAGGUAUUUGGAUUGGAUAAGAAGGCUGUACGAAUUCACGACGCCGUACGUUUCCAAGAACCCGAGAGGCGCGUACGUGAAUUCCAGGGAUCUGGAUUUGGGGAGGAACAAUCUGGGGAAAAUUACGAGCUAUAGGCAGGCGCGGAUUUGGGGGGAGAAGUAUUACAAGCAUAAUUUCGAGAGGUUGGCUCGUGCCAAAGCAGCCAUUGAUCCUUCUAAUUUCUUCAGGAAUGAACAGAGUGUGCCUCCUUUCACGGGGUGA